GAAAAUAAAGGUAAGCUUGGGGCCAAUGCCAUUCUUGGAGUGUCAAUGGCAGUUUGCAGAGCAGCAGCAGCUGAAAAGGGUGUUCCCCUAUACCGUCACAUUGCAGAUUUAGCAGGUACUAAACAAUUAUUCCUUCCAUGUCCAGCCUUCAAUGUUAUCAAUGGAGGAAGUCAUGCUGGAAAUAAAUUAGCCAUGCAGGAAUUUAUGCUCCUUCCAACGGGUGCUAGUUCAUUUUCUGAUGCCAUGAGGAUUGGAUCUGAAGUUUACCAUAAUUUAAAGGCUGUUAUUAAAAAGAAAUAUGGUCAAGAUGCCUGCAAUGUUGGAGAUGAGGGUGGUUUUGCUCCCAAUAUCCAAGAUAAUGCUGAAGGUCUGGAGCUCAUAAAAGAGGCCAUAGAGAAAGCAGGAUAUACUGGCAAGGUUGAGAUUGGCAUGGAUGUGGCUGCCUCAGAAUUCCACAAGCAAGGAAAAUAUGACUUGGAUUUCAAAAACAAAGACUCUGAUCCAUCAAAAUGGCUGACUUCUGACCAACUCACUGAAGUAUACAAAGGUUUUGUGUCAAAGUACCCUGUCAUAAGUAUUGAAGACCCUUUUGAUCAAGAUGAUUGGGAAGCUUGGUCUAAAUAUACAGCAGAAGCUGGAAUUCAGAUUGUUGGUGAUGACUUGUUGGUAACCAACCCAAAACGUGUACAGAAGGGAAUUGAAGUCAAAGGCUGUAAUGCUCUCCUCCUUAAAGUGAACCAGAUUGGCACGGUGACAGAAUCUAUUGAUGCCUGCAAGAUGGCACAGACAGCAGGAUGGGGUGUCAUGGUGUCCCACAGAAGUGGAGAGACUGAAGAUACAUUUAUUGCAGAUCUUGUUGUUGGCCUAGCUACUGGACAGAUCAAGACAGGAGCACCUUGCAGGUCAGAGCGUCUUGCAAAAUAUAAUCAACUCUUGAGAAUAGAAGAGGAACUUGGCUCUGCAGCUAAAUUUGCUGGAAAAAACUUCAAGAAUCCCAAGUAAACAUUUAGCAGAAGUUAACAAGCUUGAUGAGAGAUUUGCUGCUCUCAUGUUUUCUAUUUUGUGAUUUCUAAUUAUUUCUAUCUUGACCCCAGAAUCAUUCACUCCCUAUUAUCCAUACUUGAUUGUGGUCCAUCGCUAGAACAUCAAUUGAUUAUAUUUUAAGGAUAUUUUCUUGCUAACUUUAAACAUCCCCAGCUCAAAAUUUGUACAUUUUUAUAGCAAAACUUGAUAAACCCUUGCUUUAGAUUUGUGUCAAUAUUUAGAAAUUAUGUUUUAAAUUAAAAUGUUGAUUCUUUGUCAAAGGUAGGUAGUAAUAGCCGUAGAGCUACAAAUAUAUGUUGUCUCUAAUCUGUGUUGAGAUAGAUGUAAUGUACAUCAUUGAUGGUUACAUGUGUGUAUUUAUUUAAACUUCUAUCAGAGAGAUUUUUUAUUUUUUUGAUUUACCAUUAAUUUAAACAACAACUCUGUACUUUAUUUAAAACACAUUUUCUGUUUUUCCGUUAACAAGCCAUAUUUCUGUAGAUCUGAGUUUCUAAUAAAAUAGAUAGUUUGUGCAUUAAGGGAGCAUUUUAAAUUUGUAUUACUUUAAAAUCUGUGCACUUGUAUUGAGUAUGUAAGAUCCUCAUAUCUUCACAUAACUAAAUAUAAAUGGAACUUUUAGUACAUAACAUUAAAAGUAUCAAGAUAUAA